UAUCGAAUGGCUGAGAUCAUAGACGCUCACAAAUUGAAGCGGCGUGGUCAGCAAUAACGUGUUGCUGGGGCUGGUGUUCGAUACGUCGUACGUUUUUAGCGUCUAAUAAAGUCAUCUCUUUAUUACUUCUACUAGUUCUGUGGAUUUAAAGUAGUUCGUUUCUCGACGUUGGCAAUGAUAAAUAUUAACACAAGAUCAGUUCUACGACCUGAGUACCUAUAUCACUCUUUCAACUUUUCUGCUCCGUCUACCCUCAGAACUUAUGAUGGCAUCUCAAGUAAGAUUAACACAAAUACUGCACCUGUCUAUCGCCUAGAGGGCAAAUCACACCUUAAAAGGUUACGUCCUGAUAAUAAACGAGUUCAUCCAUAUAAAAAGCCCUGUGGCAAUUAUGCAACUAGCACAACCAACUUACCGGACCAAUUACUAUGGCCUGGAACUUCGAACAAAUCAGACUCGUCCGAUUCCGAAGUUGUUUCUCCAGAAAAUUCUUCUUCUCCAUCCUUAUCGUAUGUGUCAAGGUAUUCAUCUGAAUCUACAUCGCAAAGCUUUGAUCCUAAAUCUCAUGUAAAUGAUGUUCAGUCCAUUCGAGAAGGCAACACAUCACAUCCUAGGUCGCAUAGUCAUGGUCAGGCCGAACAAAUCCGAAGAUCGCGUGAAUCCAUUACGUUUGCUCUUAUCGAUGCACAAUUAUCAAUACCACCUCUCAGUCAAGUUAGAGAUAUGUACCUGCAAACUCGAAGUGGUUGUGGAACAUCAAACUCUACUGCACGAACUACUAAGAAAGCGAAUUUAUCUGUUGUUCACACGGUUGUCCGUUUCAGGAUUAAGGAAUAUCUAAUUGAGUUGCGUGAACAUAUACGCCGUUCGCUCGACACCUUGUUCUACAAUUUAGUUGAGAACUAUGACGCUAAGUCCAGAGACACUUUGGCCACUGAAAUCCUUGGAUUACCCAGUCGUUUAUGUUCACCUGAUUGUGACUUCUGCUCAGAUUUACUACCAAGAAAUGAGCGUUGCCGAACUCAAAGUUAUGAUUCCAAUCGACCAAACAAAUAUCCAUCUCAGCUACUUGCACAAAUGUCCAGCACUAGUCGUUCACCGAGUCCUUUAUCAACCAGACCACAGAUAUCCAUAUCUUUGCCAACUAAUGAAACACUUCGCUCUCAGACUCCUCCCGAUUCAGCCUCAUAUGUGGGAUCCGAUAAUGAAGUGCUUCCAGAUGUUAAACCUGUAGAAAGUUGUCUUAGUGAUAAUACUAAUGCAAUUCUCAACACCAGAUUAAACCAGUCUUUAUUUCUAGAUUCAUCUUCUGUGUUAGAGAGACCAUUGCCAUCUUACCACAUUAACGUUUUCGAUUCUCGGAAUCACAAGCGCGUCAGACUAGAUAGUACUUCGCUUCGCCUCUCCAAUGAAUUUGAUUAUACAGAUUGGACUGCAGAUGAUAUUGAUUUCGGUCCGUGCGGAGAAGAACUUGUUGAUCUACACUCCUUAGUUUUUGAUUCAAGCUCCGAUGUCCCAUCCAAGCUUGAUGAGACUUUCUUUGACCCCGCAUAUGACGUCGGUGAUCUAAUGCAUCACUUCACGAUGGACAAAUACCACAGUUUUCAGCUUGCUAUAAGUCCAUAAACACGUGCCUCUUAUGUACAGAUACUAUCAUGCAUGCUUUUUUUCCCUUGGCCAUUGUACUUCCUAUUUUUCUGCUCGUUGAUUUUCUUCAUUCCACCUCGACUUUGUACAUAAAUACUGAUAAAACACUCAUUUUGUUUAACUUUUGCAGAUUAUAUACUAUCACAUUGGUUUUUUUCUAUAUAUUUGCCAUAAAGGUUUUGCACAUGGCUAUUAGUCGCUAUUGUGUACAAUUUUCCAGCUGGGUGGAUCAGUAGUGUUUUUGUAAUUUCGAAUAUUUCGUUUAUUCUGCAGACAAAUAUAAUGCGUACAUGUUUUU